CCGCGCAUAAAAGGCUCAGCUGUCCUGGGAGCACUUGUCUCUGAGAACGCGAGUCAGCUAGUCUGCUUCUCUGUGUGUCCCACCCUUCCCCACGCAGGGGGGUCUCAGCUUUCAGUAAUGGCCUCCGGAAACGCUCACAUCGGAAAGCCCGCCCCGGACUUCCAGGCCACCGCCGUGGUGGAUGGCGCCUUCAAGGAGGUGAAGCUUUCAGAUUACAAAGGCAAAUACGUGGUCCUCUUUUUCUACCCUUUGGACUUCACUUUUGUGUGCCCCACGGAAAUCAUCGCUUUCAGCGAGCAUGCUGAGGACUUCCGCAAGUUGGGCUGCGAGGUGCUGGGGGUCUCUGUAGACUCGCAGUUCACCCACCUGGCUUGGAUUAACACCCCCCGGAAGGAGGGAGGCUUGGGUCCUCUGAAUAUUCCCCUGUUGGCUGAUGUAACCAGAAGCUUGUCCCGUGAUUAUGGUGUGCUGAAGAAAGAUGAGGGGAUUGCCUACAGGGGCCUCUUUAUCAUUGAUGGCAAAGGUGUCCUUCGCCAGAUCACCGUCAAUGAUUUGCCUGUGGGGCGCUCUGUGGAUGAGGCUCUUCGGCUGGUACAGGCCUUUCAGUACACAGAUGAGCAUGGGGAAGUCUGUCCCGCUGGCUGGAAGCCAGGCAGUGACACGAUCAAGCCCAAUGUGGAUGACAGCAAGGAAUACUUCUCCAAACACAACUAGGCUGACAAACAGGCACCAAGCUUGGGCUCUUGGACCCCACCUGGGUGCCCCGUGCUGGCCCAGGAAAGGCCAGAUCUGCCCCUUUACAUUCUACAGUCUGUGACCUGAAAGGGCUAGUCCUAGGCCUUUUCAUAUUCCUAGCUGAGUGGUGAAUGGUAACCCAUCCCUGGAGCUUCCCAACCAGGCACAGGCCUAGAGGUGACCAAUAAAGUAUUAGGGACAGA